CGCAAACACUGACAAUGAAAAGGAGGAAAAAAAAAAACCUAAGACGCCACUUCUGGGUGGUCAUGAAAAUGAUCAGUGAGAUGUAAAGAUCUGUGACAUCCUAGAUCAACAGUAUCGGCGAGUAUGUGGUUUAGGAAACAGAGCGUGCGAACCGGAUUUCUUCUGUUUUAUUUUCUCUUUCCAACUAUCUCAGAGGGAUGCUGUGGGCAAAAACAACGGAGGACAAUAGCAGAUCAGCAGCUCAAUAGAUACAAAGUUGUGGAGGGGGAAGCCUUUAUGAUGCCCUGCGAUACAUCAAUGGAGUUCCCUAUGAAGUGGUUCAAGGCUGAUAAAGGCAAAGAAUGUGGCAAAGAGUUUGUGGCUGAAGUGGAAGAUUGUGGAGCAUACAGAAGCCUCGCAGGAUCAAACUUGACUCUGCACGUCAUCAACAGAACUAGCUUGAGAUGUUUUCAGCACAGCGAGAGCAGCGUGAUGUUGCUGGUGGGCGAAGGCGGGAUCAUCCGCUGCCCCGGCUAUACCUGCUACAACAACACGGGCGUCGUUUGGUACAAGAAAAACAAAGCCGUGUCUGCGCAGCGCAGAACCUCCUGUGAAAACGAGGGUCAGCUACGACUCUGCACGGUCUACAAAGAGGACAGGGGGGUAUAUUACUGUGACAGACAAAUAAGUGAACAAGGAAUCCCGUGGACCUUCAGGAGGGCCGUCAACGUCACAGUCGUACGUAAGAGUGUUUACUAUUUCUGUGUUAUUACCUGAAAACCUCAUCUAAACUCCACGGUGUUGACUUGUUUGAAUCUAGGACCGUUUGCUUCCUACGUCCUCUAAACGCCAUUGCUCCGCCGGUUGUUAACCUCCUGCAGGGAACCACUGCAUUAUGUAUGUGUUAUGCCGACGACCACCGUGAAUUGCACCUUUGUCAACAUUAAAGAAAAAAUACAAAUCUGGACUUAAUUCUGACACCUUUGAAGCGUCACUUAGCACCUUCAAAACCGAACACAUAAAAGGGUAAAUGGCUUGUUCUUGUGAAUCUCUUG